AUGGCCUGGCUACCGAGCAGCUCGAACGGAUCGGACAACGCGGAUGAACGGAGUACGGCGUCCAGCGCCAGCGCCAGCUCGGCCGCCGGCAGCAGCGGAGCCAACGGCUCGCCCAGGCCAGCAGCAGGAGCAGCACCAGCUACCGCUUCGGCUGGGGCACGCCAGCCCCCGGCCCUGCUGCGGCAUGCCACGCCCUACCUGCAGCCCAAGACGGAAUCCAUUUCGGACGGAGAUGGUGACCUGUCGGACUUCUCGCUGAACGACACCGAGGAGGAUGAGGAGGAUCUGCGCGACUACAUCGUGCUCAACGGCAAUCAGGCGGACGGCUGUCGCUCCCUGUCCAACUCCCCGCGCAGCGGCAGUGGCUGUGGCAAUCCCUUCGCUAGCUCCCGCACCUCGCCCUGUCGCAACGGACAGCUGUCGGGCAGCGCAACAAAUGGCAACGGUAAUGGAGCCUCCGCAGGGACUGGCGGUGGCGGUGGCGUCCGUAAGGUGUUCACCAACACCCGCGAGCGCUGGCGCCAGCAAAACGUGUCCGGGGCCUUUGCGGAGCUGCGCAAGCUGGUGCCGACUCAUCCGCCGGACAAGAAACUGUCCAAGAACGAGAUCCUGCGUUCGGCCAUCAAGUACAUCAAGCUGCUGACCGGCAUCCUCGAGUGGCAGCAGCGGCAGGACGGGCACGGCCACGAGCAGAACAAUAACGACAACCACAUGGCCAAUGGCCAUGCACCAGCGCCGGACACCGCUGGUGAAGUUCUGUCCGCUUUCCGGCACAUCAAGUGCGAGCGCCUGGACGGACAUCAGCGCAACGGAACUGGCAACGAUCUACUCAUGAUUGCCCCCGAAGCACUCAUCAAAACUGAGCUGCAGCAGCAGGCCAGCACCUACCCCGAACCCCCACCGGCGCAUCCAACCGCAUCCAUGGCUGUGGCGGUGGCCGAGGCCCGGGUUCUUGCCGCACUGAAGCCGACCACAAAUACCUCGUCCGGCGGCAGGAGCAGCAAACGGCGGAUUAAGCUGGGCCUGGGCCUGCCCACCGACCUGAGUGUGGUCAAGCGACGCAGGACCUGAGAGCCAAGGCAGGGGACAGGGCACAGCCUAAGAGGCUGAGACGCCCAAGCCAAUCGUUUCGGAGAAGAUUGGAAGCAACCAUCAGAUACAUAAUCUAAUCGUAUACACAAAUACAUAACAAUCCUUUUUUUUUUUGUUAAAUAAAUUCGAGUGCGACUAU